AUGGCUUUUAUUAGACGUAUACUGGAUGCAGUGCUUAUAGCUAACAAAGCAAUUGAUUCUAGAAUGUCCCAAAAGAAACCUAUGGGAUUUGGUAGCAAAUCGAUCCUUUGGAUCAAGUUUUGUAUUUCAACUGUUAAGUUUUUGGUACUCAUCAAUGGAUCUCCUGAAGGCUUUCUCUAUGCACAGAGAGGAAUCAGGCAAGGGGAUCCCUUAUCACCCUUCCUGUUCAUCAUAGCUAUGGAGGGACUUAACAAUAUGUUGAAGAUAUCCAAGACAACAAGAAGAAUACAAGAAUUUGAAGUCAGUUCGGUUGCUGGGAAUUGUGUGGAGAUCUCACACCUGCAAUAUGCUGAAGAUACACUAAUAAUUUGUGGGCUAAGGAGGAGCAAUUGCUAA